AUGUUUGGUGAGGGUACUUGGAAGGUGUCGAAGGGAGCUAUGGUGGUGGCUCGGGGCACGAAGACCGGUACUUUGUACACUACCUUAGAGUGCACAAGCACGAUUGCUACAACCGCAAAUGAUGAGACUAAGCUUUGGCAUACUCGGCUUGGUCACAUGAGUGAGAAAGGGAUGAAAAUGCUAGCUUCAAAGGGUAAGUUGUCGGAGUUGAAAUCAAUCGACAUGAAAUUUUGUGAGACAUGUGUUUUUGGCAAGCAAAAGAAGGUGUCUUUCACAAUAACCGAACGGUCCUUGAAGAAGGAGAAGCUAGAACUUGUGCACACAGAUGUUUGGGGCCCAUACCCCAUCAAGUCUCUUGGUGGUUCUCACUACUUUGUUACUUUCAUUGAUGAUUCAACCCGGAAAUUAUGA